UGCAGUUGUAUAGAAAAGGAAAUUCCUCCUAUGAGAUUGUUAGAUUUAAUUCAUUUUUAGUGGCAUUAAAAGGUUUACUAUAAAACAAUAAAUGUAUAUACGCACUUUUUUAAAAACAUUUUAAUAUAUACAAAUGAGAUAAAAGGAACUUUUUGUAUAUAUGAUUUCAUUUCUUUUUACUUUCUUUCGAUCAAAGCAAAGGAGGAAGGCGGAUUUGAAUAGCUCUUAACGUCAUUAACAGUACAAAAAAUAAUAAUUCAAGCAGCACAAAAUUAUUUUUUUAGAAUUAUGCUCCAACCUUUACUUUUUUUUUGUACUACUAAAAAAAUCCACAUUCCCAACCUGUCAUAUUUGUGACCUUUUAAUAUGAAGCAGCACUGUGUUUUCCUUUCAUCACCGAUCAUGCCAGUGCAAUUGUUACAGACAUGAAAUUUGAGAAACCAAGACUUAAAAUGUAACACCUUAAAACUACAUUUUAUCCAGAAUUCACCACUUCUAAUAUUAAAAAGGUGCCAAAUCAGGUUUGACUACACACACAUGGUCACUGAUUAUCUGAUCAAUUUUAGAGGUCAAUUCACAGUAACCAAAUGAUGAGGUUUCACAGCUAAACAACCUUUCCCCCAGAACCUAGUAUACUCAGAGAUACUGGUUUAAUAUUUAGUUAAAAUAAUCAUAUACAGUUAUUUUUACCCGAGUAACAUUUUCAUUUUAACGUUUUAAUCCUGGAAGAAUAAUAUUUAACGUGUGAUUAGUUUUUACUUUAGUAAACCAUUGGAUUACUUCCCCCAAGACUACGUCAUUACCCUCCACUAGCCAACGCGCAGGGGCGGUGAGGAAGUGUUUUCAUACACCUGCUGGAGAGAAAACGGAGGGUCGCACUGCUUCAGGAUGGAGAUCCUGGUGGCCAAGCUGCUCGGGCUGUUCGGGUUAUUCGGCCUCAUGCUGGCGGGUGUGCUGGUCCCAGUGCGUCUCCUGCAUGCAGACUCCGACCAGGCCCUGAGAUACAGGAGAGCUCUGUCUCUUUGUAACUCUUUCGGAGGGGGGGUGUUCCUAGCCACGUGCUUCAACGCUCUGCUGCCCGCGGUCAGAGAGAAGGUGGCCGACGUGUUCCAGCAGCUGAAGAUCAGCAGCGACUAUCCUCUGGCUGAGACGAUGAUGAUGCUCGGCUUCUUCCUCACAGUGUUUGUGGAGCAGUCUGUGCUCACCUUCAGGAAAGAAAAGCCGUCCUUCAUCGACCUGGAGACCUUCAAUGCUGUCGGGUCAGAGGCCGGCAGCGACUCGGAGUAUGAGACGCCCUUCAUCUCCUCUACACGUGACACCCCAGGUGGCGUCGGCAGUCACCGUUCCCACAGACACCAGCACGGACACUUCAGCCCAGCCGAGCUGGCAGGGGCGGGGCCUCUACGGCUGGCCAGCCUGGUCCUGGCACUGUCCGCUCACUCUGUAUUCGAGGGCCUGGCGCUCGGCCUACAGGACAAUGGAUCAAAGCUUGCUAGCCUCUUCCUGGGCGUGGCCGUGCAUGAGACGCUGGCCGCAGUGGCACUCGGGUCAAGCGUGGCCAAGGCGUCGCUUGGCAUGAAGGACGCCACCAAGCUGGGCAUCACAGUCAGCCUUAUGAUCCCGCUGGGGAUGUUGGUGGGGAUGGGCAUCGAAUCGACUCAGACACUGGCAGGCAGCGUUGUGUCGGUGGUGUUGCAGGGAUUCGCUGCUGGCACCUUCCUGUUCGUCACCUUCUUUGAGAUCCUCUCCAGAGAGCUGGAAGAUAAACAGGACCGGCUGCUCAAAGUGCUUUUCCUCGUCCUCGGCUACACCGUGCUCGCCGCACUGGUCUUCAUCAAGUGGUGAACCACAGGAAGUGCUCUGACACACACAGCAAUACCAAAAGACUUUACUCCAUAAAGGCAGCAGAGUCCAGCUGUGCGAGGCAGAAACAUCUGCAGCGGCUGGACCAACACUAACUCUUUAUUGUCUUCAGCUUUGUCUGUCAUGUUAACUGUUUAGUUAAAGUGGCCAUAGAAUGCAUCUAUCUGGUAUUUUAAAUUGUUCUCUGAUGUCUACAAAGAAGGUAUAUCACUUCGGUUGAUCCAAAAAAUGUCCAGAUGCGGUUUUACAGGCCCAUUUACAACCCUAUGAUUUGGUCCUAGAAUGAAACAAGCUCAAUUGCCUUAUUUGGGGCUCAUUUACAUAAUUAUGACAAGCUCUGCUCUGAUUGGCUGGUUUACAACGCGCAACCCAUGACUGCCUCCGAGCCCACAGAAGUAAGGGAAGUUCGCGAAAGUGUGAGAGAUGAACCAUGGAGGCUAUUGGCAUCCAACCUUACAUGUUUGAGCCUUUAUCGGAGGAGGAAACCGAUGAGUUUGAAGAACAGCCAGUUGGUCGGAGAUUGGAGAGCAACGUUACGGAGUGGUUAGUGUUAGCGUGAGUGUUUCCAGUAGCUGGUGUAUGCAAAUGUAGGGGCUGGACUACCGUGUGUGACGUCACACACAGGGAUUGUUGUAAUUCGCCCGUUUUACCGCUGUGAUAUGCAUAUUCAUGAUUUGCACAUGAAGGAGGAAACAAUGGUGUUUGAGGUUCACGGUAUGUCAGUACAAUGUACCAAACUCUCCUUAUUCAACUAUGCCAAGGGAAAUAAAGUUUUACAUUCUAUGGCACCUGGAUGUCCCAUGAUCCAAGGUCAAAUGCUCAGAUCACUGCGCCACAAGGCUGCAUAUACAUGCUAAUGUCCAGCAGUGGCUCAGUCAGUAGGGGCUUGGACUGGGAAUCGUAGGGUCGCCGGUUCAAGUCCCCAAACAGACUUGAAAUAUGGAAAGUGGACUGCUACUUGGAGAGGUCCCAGUUCACCUCCUAGGCCCUGGUAUGGUGCCCUUGAGCAAGGCACCAGACACCUCCAAUCCCCCCUCUCCAUUGCUCCCCAGGCGCUGCACAAUAGCUGCCCACUGCUCCUAGUACUAGGAUGGGUUAAAUGCAGAGGACCAAUUUCACUGUGUGCUCUGCUGUGUGCAUGUAUGUGACAAAAAAGAGGGUUUCCUCCUCCGAUUAUUCUUCUUCUAAUGGUUGAGUCCAUCCUCCGAUUCUUCUUCUAAUGGUUGAGUCCAUCCUCCGAUUCUUCUUCUAAUUGUUGAGUCAUAUCUGAUGCUUAGGUCUCUCAAGGAAGGGGGUCCGCCUGCUUUACAUAGAUUAGAAUUUGCAAUCAUAGAUGGAAAUAUGCAAGGAGGAUUUACCUUCCCAUACACUGAAGUAUUUUACAAAGAAAAAAGAAAGGCAGAUGCUUGUCAAUUGCUUUUAGAAACUUUACUUUCCAUCUUUUUAAGCUGGGAUAUGUUGUACACAAUUCUUUUGUCAAAUUCUAAGAGAAAAAUAACUGGAUACAAUAACCCAUGAAUACUAGUAAAUACUAAUAAUGAAUAAAUUAUAGUGCAAGUGUACUUUUCUCCAGCUUUGAAUAUUUUCUGAAAUUAAAUAAUGGCACGAAAGAAACAUUUAAAUGACUUUUUAAAACAUUUCCCCAUUUUUAAAUGUUAAACACUUCUUUUCUGGGUAAGUUGCAUUUUUAAAACUAAACGAGACCUUAUUUAAACGCAAACAUAUUUUGUCCUAUAAUCAAUAAAACUAUCAUUAUUUAGAACUAUUAAAGGUAACUGCUAUACAUCAAAUAAUAUAUUUUAUAAGGAAUUAAUCUCCUUUAGGCUUUUUUGCACUUUUUUAUUUCCUCAAUGCUUUUUUAGCAGUUAUCCCUUGUGUCCAUAAACUGAUUCAGACCAAAGAUUCAGUGCAGGACCAAAAGCUCCCAACCAUUACUUAGGUAAAAGUAGAAAUACCAAAUUGUACUAGAGCCAAAUUGUACUGUACUUACAAGUGAACUUCCUGUUGUAUCUGCGGAACGUGGAGCUUCUUUUUAUUCCUUUAUAUGCUGCUUGGUGGUUUAAGACAACAUCAUAUUGUAUUUUUCUACUUAUCUGAACAGCAAAGUAACUACAGCUUGUUAAGUAAAAGUAUAAUAUAUAAUAGUAUAGUGUAAUUAUUAUAAUAUAUCAUAAAAUAUAAAUCUAAAAGUAAAGUAGUUCCAAAUUGUACCUGAGUGCAGUACUCGAGGGAGUGUUGGGGUUAAUGGAAAGUCAAAGAGAAAGAAGUUUAAUAUAUAUUAAUGCUUUUAGUCUGGUGUUAAAUUGUGUUUCUGAAUAAACCUGCUGUGUCUACACCAAGCACACAA